AUGUCGGGAGGGGAGUACGGCGAUCACAACAUUUUGUUACGUUCUACUUCUUCGGCGUCGGAAGGCGAUGUGGAGAGCCAGUCGUCUCCGAGGAGAACGAAUACAAGAAGCAUUAAGGAUCUAUUGAAGCGGUUAGAUCGAGGAUUUUCUGGUCGGCGAUCAUCGGAUAGGGAUCACCACCACUCCUCGUCGCCUUCGCCUUCUAAUCGCCGCGGUGUUUCAUCUACUGCGGAUGAAAUUCUAGGUGAUAGUGCUCCGCCGGAAUGGGCGAUGUUGCUUGUUGGAUGUCUCCUUGGCCUUGCUACUGGCCUUUGUGUUGCCGGGUUUAAUCGAGGGGUACAUGUAAUACACGAGUGGGCAUGGGCUGGUACUCCUUAUGACGGUGCUGCUUGGCUUCGUUUGCAAAGGCUAGCUGAUACUUGGCAUCGGAUACUUUUAAUACCAGUUUUGGGUGGAGUCAUUGUUGGCAUGUUGCAUGGUCUGGUUGGAAUAUUGGACCAAAUAACAGAGUCUAGCUCUACUCAGGGACAAGGAUUUGAUUUGAUUGCUGGAAUCUUCCCUACAGUGAAGGCGACUCAAGCUGCUAUAACUCUGGGCACUGGUUGUUCCUUGGGUCCUGAAGGCCCUAGUGUAGAUAUAGGGAAGUCAUGUGCCUAUGGAUGUUCAAUGAUGAUGGAAAACAACCGGGAAAGAAGAAUAGCUCUCAUUGCAGCUGGUGCAGCUGCUGGAAUUUCUUCAGGUUUCAAUGCAGCAGUAGCUGGCUCUUUCUUUGCGAUUGAAACAGUUUUAAGACCACUCCGUGCUGAAAAUUCACCCCCUUUUACAACUGCGAUGAUCAUAUUGGCUUCUGUUAUAUCAUCAACUGUAUCAAAUGCAGUACUUGGGGAAAAACAGGCUUUCACAGUGCCCACGUAUGAUAUGAAAUCUGCUGCCGAGCUUCCAUUGUAUCUGAUACUGGGAAUGCUGUGUGGAGUAGUAAGUGUUGUUUUCACUCGAUUGGUGUCCUGGUUCACCAAGGGGUUUCAGUUCCUCAAGGAAAAGUUUGGACUUUCUGAUGUUGUCUGCCCUGCUUUGGGGGGUUUAGGAGCUGGUGUAAUAGCUCUGAGAUAUCCUGGAGUUCUCUAUUGGGGUUUCACUAAUGUUGAUGAAAUCCUACAUACUGGGAAAACUGCAUCUGCACCUGGAAUUGGAUGGCUAGCUCAAUUAGUUGCUGCAAAAGUCAUGGCCACUGCUUUGUGCAAAGGGUCUGGCCUUGUUGGUGGAUUGUAUGCACCAAGCUUAAUGAUAGGUGCUGCUGUAGGUGCUGUAUUUGGAGGGUUAGCUGGGGAACUAAUUAAUUCAGCUAUUCCAGGGAAUGCUGCUAUUGCCCAGCCACAGGCAUAUGCACUGGUGGGGAUGGCUGCUACACUAGCUUCAGUUUGCUCAGUGCCUUUGACGUCAGUGCUUUUAUUGUUUGAGUUGACAAAAGAUUAUAGAAUUUUGCUUCCUCUCAUGGGUGCUGUUGGGCUGGCAAUAUGGGUGCCUUCCGUUACUGACCAGCCAAAUGAAACGGAGUCAUCAGAAGCCAAGUUCGCAUCGAAAGGUUACUCUUUUCUUUCACCAGCUGAUGAAAAAAAUGAAGGGAAUGGUUUGAGGCAAUCUGGUGAGAGAAAUAACUUGGAACUAAUGGUGGUUGGGAGUCAUAACAGUCAUGAAUCAUUUGAUGAAGGUCUCAUUUUAGAAGAUCUAAAGGUUUCUCAGGCCAUGUCAAAUGAUUAUUUGAAUGUCUCUCCGAGCCAAACUGUGAAAGAAGCAUUAGAAUGCAUGCAUGACGGCCGACAGAGUUGCGUUCUUGUGGUUGAUGCUGAAGGUUACUUGGAAGGAAUUUUAACAUAUGGUGACUUGAAAAGGAGUUUGUUUAAGAACCAUGGGGAUUCUUCCAACAAAGAUUUAUCAGUCACAGAUGCAAAUACUUGUCUUGUGUCCUCUAUUUGCACAAGAGGGAUAAGCUAUCGUGGCCAAGAUUGUGGACUCCUAACUUGUUAUCCUGAUACGGAUCUAGCAAUUGCAAAGCAACUAAUGGAGGCCAAAGGAAUUAAACAAUUGCCUGUGGUCAAGCGUGGUGGAGAAUUCAGAAGAGAAAGAAAGCGCAGAGUUAUUGCUCUUCUGCAUUAUGAUUCAGUAGAGGAGACGAUCAGGCGUGAAGUGAGUCACCGGAAGUCGGUCUACCAGCAGAAUGAAGAAGAAAAAGAUAAGCAGAUCAUAACGAAUGGGCAUUAAUAGCUCAAGGCACUGAAUAUCACCAGCAAGAAAUUUGUGUUUGUUCUACUUUGGCAUCAAUCUGAGACUGGGAAGCAAAGAAAUAUACGAUCUUAGUUGGACAUCAGUAGGUAGUAUCCAAUUUACUGUAUAUUCUUCACUUAAUUAUGUGUGCAGAAGUUGAGGUUCCUUCCUGUUUGUUUCUGGAGCGGACAUGCUGCUACAGAGCCCGAGCGUAAUAGCAUGAGUUUUCCUCAAUAGUUUUGGUUGUACUUUAUCGGAAAGGCAGUCGUCAUUAGUGUAAAUUUGACAUUUGACAUUUUGUACAUGAAACAUAUACUUGGUAGAUCAGGGUAAUAUCAAAAUGUGAAAUCGUCAUGGAUUAAUAUAUAUACACAAAUUGAGAGACAACUAGUUGAAAUUCUAUUCAUACGUCUCUUUUGAUA